AAAUUUCAAAAUGGAGCCGAACAAUCAAACAACCAAACAAACAAUCUCGCGUUCCACAAAUGGAAAGCUGAAAAAGAAUCCGCUCCGACUCGUCAUCUUCGCUUGUCUUCGUUUCCUCUUCUUUUGUCGGCUUGUCCCCCCCUCUCUCUAGGUCUCAGUCUUGGCUACUCUAAUCUCUCCGAUUUAUGAUAUGUGCUUUCGGUUUGAUCGUGUUCCAGGGUUUAUCUUUAGAUUGUUGAGAAAGAUGGGGUGUUUCUUUGGUUGUUUUCGAAUUAAAGAUGCAGACCGGUCUCAAUCUCAUAUCAUUUCUGAUUCAGUUGCUUCAAAGGGCAAGCAGGGUGGUUCCAUUGCAUCGAGAAAUCAACUCUCAUCUUUACUUCUAUCUGAAGAGAAAGAAGGUUUUCCUUGCGAGGAUCUGGAGAAUCAUAAUCCGGGAUCUCCACUGCCUGAUGUUUAUGGAGAUGGUGAUGUCAGGGAGCUCAAGGAUGAGGCAAAAUUCCUUAAAGCUUGUGGGGCACUUCUUGAAACUCCGGCUGAAAUUCGGAAAGCGUCUGAGAAAAUCAAAGAUGCAGCAAUCCACAAUGGAGAUUCAGAACCUUCCAAUUUCCACUCGUGGCUUCCUGGUGCAUCUAUCAAGAAACUCCAAUGGGACGAGCAUCCCAAUCAGAUUUCCAUUUCCCCUGUUAAGCUUUGUGAAGAAUUGGGAAAGGAAUCGGAUUCUCAAAAUCAUACAUCUGUCAGCAGCAUGCCAAAGGGGCAGGAGCUGGUAGGAAGGGACUAUACCAGGCAUCAUGAAUGCAGUGAGGUUGAAAAUCCUAGUACGGCAAUAACAUUUCCUCUUCAUCCUAGUACUAAUGAAACAUCCGCAUUAGUUACUCCGGAGAUACCAGCCAUUGCUUCCGAAUCUAAAAACAAGUGUGUGCGUUUCAAAUGUGAGUUAGAUACGGAAAAUCUUCCUUCAAAUGGAAAAAGCUUGAAAUCUAAUUCCUCGGGUAGACACAAUGAAUCAGAGUCUUCUCCUUAUCCAACUCCAUUAAAACUAACUGAUGAGAUGCAAACACCUGGAACCAUUUAUCCAGUAAACCUAGACAAAUAUGGAAAUGGGAAUAAUGCUCGGAUCAGGUCCCAGUAUGUUUAUCCGGUUCUGAACCCUGUUGAGAAUUUUUCUCAGUGGAAAGCACUGAAGGAAGAAGAUUUUAGCACCCAUCAGGAACAACUUGGUCACACAGGAGACUCUCUUGAGGAGAUUGCAAGUGCAGUUCCUGAGUAUGCAUCUGUUUCUUACUCAAACAAGUUAGAAAUGGAACAGGAGAGAGAAAAUAUGGCUGUCAAGGAGUCAAAGGUUGAUGCAAGCUUGUCUCACUGGCUGAAGCCAUCAUCACCCCCAAAAGAUGAUGCUGAUCAAAAUUGUGGGGUUUUCCCGGGUGGAAGAUCUUAUUCUUCUAAAACUUCUGAUGGGGAUAGGCCUAUUCUUGGAAUGGUUGCUGCACACUGGAAUGAUGAAGAGCCUUCUCGUAUCUCAUCUAAGUGGUGGGAUGGGAAUGGGAUCCCAAAUUCAACUAACAAAUACAAAGAGGACCAGAAAGUCCAUUGGCAUGCAACACCAUUUGAGGAAAGGUUAGAGAAGGCAUUAUCAGAAGAGAGUCUUGGCUACAAAAGGAAACUUGUUAAUGGGAGACCAAUAAACUUUGAAGAGAAUGAGGAAACUGAUACUGCUGUAUCUCGACUACCGUCUUCUUUACAUCCUGAAUCAGUGGUCUCUUUCUGAUCGUAGGUGGCAAUGCCUUUAGUCAUUGAUGAUGCAAGGUUGAUUAUAGCACUAUGCAUUCUUAAUGGGGUCUAAGUAAAAGUUGUCUGCCAUGUACUAUUCGGUGUAGUGUAAGUAUGCAAGGCUGAUUUGGAGGAUGUUAUUAGACUUCGAACAUACUUGGGAAAGCUUAGGUUUUCUUCGAGUUACAAUGUUUAGUUGUUUUGCAGUCCAAGAGAGCUUCUUGCUAUGUAUAUAGUAAUUGACAUGGUUUGUGAAACUAUGCAAAGAGGUAUAUCAGGGUUUCAAUCUUUUGAAUCUUUUAAACAUGGAUGAUCUGUAUAAGAUCAUCCGAUUUUGGUUUCA